AAGGAUUACACUAAGACUACGGAGUGGUAUGUAAAGGUAAGCGACGCAUGAGAUCUAGACGCCAACCUCAAUAUUGGAUACAUGUACCACCAUCGCCUCGGUGUGAAGCAGGACUUUUAUAAGGCGAUGGAUUGGUAUCUCAAAUCAGGCAGUGGCAGAUCGACAGAUGCCAAGUUAAACAUCGGCUACAUGUGCUAUGAGGGGAUCGGCAUGGAACUAGACUAUCCCGAGUCAACGGAGUGAUUUCUCAAGGUGAAAGAAAGUGGGAGCAUCCAGGCCCUAUACUGCCUCAGCAACAUGUACGGCAGCGGGCUGGGGAUGAAUAAAGAUCUGCUGAUGGCCGUCGAGUGCUAUCAGAAGGCAUACCAAGAAGAUGAGAGCAUUAACGGCGUGGGAUUGGACGAUGACGACAGACAAGCUCAACUGGAGGCUGUGGAGUGGUUUCAAAAGACAUCUGCAGAUGGAUUUCUCCCAGCAUAUCAUCUGCCGGCAGAAGCAUACUUCAACGAAUUUUUUGUCAGUAAGGACGGCUUCGAGGCAGAGGCAUGGGCCUGCAAAGCGGUUGAGGGAGCAGAUUCCUGGGCAAAGAUAAAAGCAGGGAAGGAGUUCUGCGAGACAGGAGGCAGGCACCAACGCAUUCGAAAGCGCGGUCGAGUGCUGCAAGGCUGCAAGAAGAUUCUAAGGGAUGUAGACAGGUUGCAUAGGAUCGAAGAAUAG